GAAAUGGAUGAGAGAAAAGCUGGUAUUAAGGGACUAGACGUUGACUCUGGAAUAGUUGCUGAGGAGUUGAAUAUGUGUAAGUCAACUCUACAUAUUCCUCCAGUAGUGGAUCUAAGUGGCAUAGAAGUUGAAGAUGGGCGUAAGAAGAUUGUUGAUGAAAUAAGGGAAGCAUCUGAGAAAUGGGGCUUAUUCCAAGUGAUAAAUCACGGGGUUCCUUCAAGUGUUUUGGAAGGAAUGAUUGAUGGGACUCGUAAAUUUCAUGAACAAGAUGUUGAAGUUAAGAAAGAGUACUAUUCGUCUGAUCCAACAGCAAGACGAGUUAGAUAUGAGAGCAAUCUUCAUCUGUACAAAACAAAAGGAAAGGCAGCAAACUCGAGAGAUUCAUUACACAUCUCGUGGCAAGAUUCUGGUCACAAUGACCCUGAAGAAAUACCACCAGUUUGCAGAAAACCAUCCGUUGAGUACAUAAAUCAUGUCAUAAAACUUCAACACAUUCUUCUUGGCUUACUAUCAGAAGCUCUCGGGCUAAAUCCAAACCACUUGAAAGCUAUCGGAUGUGACAAAGGACCAGGGUUGGUAUGCAAUUACUACCCGGCAUGCCCACAGCCAGAGCUAACUCUUGGUAAGCAUACAGAUCCUGUUUUCCUUACCAUUCUGCUUCAAGAUCAGAAUGGUGGGCUCCAAGUCAUGUGUGAUAACCAAUGGGCCGAUGUUACACCGAUUGAACAUGGUUUAGUUGUUAAUAUUGGUGACCUCCUUCAGAUCCUAUCAAAUGACAAGUUUGUAAGUGCAAUUCAUAGAGUUGUAGCGAAAAAUGUAGGACCAAGGAUUUCAGUGGCAAGCUUCUUCACUGGAGGUUCUACACCUCCGAAGAUGCAUGGUCCAAUCAAAGAGCUCAUUUCAGAAGAAAAUCCCCUGCUAUAUAAAGAAUUUCAAGUAGAUGAUUAUCUCACUAAGUUUUUCUCCAAGCCUCUUGAUAAGACUGGUCUUGAUCUUUUCAGACUCUGAAGACAGACGUCGCCUAGCACCAGCAAAAACCAUCAGAAAAGACUAUCAUCAUUCAGUUGUCGAUCAAAAUUUGCUAUUCGCAGUACAAUAAUAUAAUGUUGUAUAACAAUGUCUUUCAUAUUCUCUGUUGUUUAAUG